GGUGAAACUGCUGAGGUGAGGGGCGCCGUGUUGCUGCUGUGGGUCCAUUUCUGUUUAUACCAGUUGUUGCAAGAAUGGAUGAACUACUUCAUUGGAUUGAAAUCAGGGUGAUGUCAUCUUUGAGACCACGGGCUGAUGACCUGAAAGCUCUGCUUCUAGAUCGCACAUACAGGAACAACCUCUGUGAAUUUCUGAAGAAUGAAGAUGUCCACACAUUGUAUAUUUUUUUCAAGCUUGAAAAGGCAUCUCUUGCAGCCUCGAUUCAACCUCCUUCGACAUUACAGAGUAAAUGCAUAUGCUUUGUCAAGCUGGCAUCUGCAAUUAAACUCACAACUGAAAACAUAGGUAAUCAAGUGAUAUCUGUGGACUGUGCUAAAUUUCCUCUAAGGUACUUUGACUCGGUUCUCCAUCAAGUCUUCCUGCCACUCCUCAGCAACGACAGUAUUACAGUUGAAUCACAUAGCACUGAUAAGAUUAUUGAAAUUGUGCAUAGGUUCACUGGAAACCUGGAAGUUAUAGCAGGCCAUGCAGAGGGCUCCAUUGUGCUUCCUAUUCCCUCAACUGAACUGCUACAAAACACAACAUUACUCAACAAACAAGGAGCUGCAAUACACAUUAUGGAAAGCACAGUAGUUGGUUGGAUAAGGCAGAUCAAGGUUGUACUUAAACAUGACCCCCUUGCAGAGAUCAAGUCCAAGGGGGUAUUUGCAGGGAUUUACCAUGAAAAAGAAAUGUGGGAAGUUCAUAUUCACAACCUAGAAUCUAUCAAAAUGCAGUUAAAUUCUGCUGAAGCCAAAGAAAUCGUCUGCCAUCUGGAGCAGGCAAAAAGUAUGUAUGGAAAAUCCAUUACAUCGGUGACUCAGGAUGUGAAGAAAGCACAUUAUGAAGCAACAGAAAAUUUGACAUUUUUGAAAACCCUAACUCAUUGUUACGAUGAGCUGAAGUCUGCCGAGACUCCCAAAGAGAAGAAGAAAUGCUUCUUUCUAAUCUUACAUAAUUUAUACUUGGUUUGGAUACAUUCAAGAUAUUAUCAUCAACCCAAGGUAUUUGCAAAUCUUCUCAGGCUAAUGUCUAAUGAAGUGAGUGAGAUAGCAAAGUGCCUCUUGGGAACUAAUAUAUUAGACAGUCCUCAGGCUUACAGUUUGCUUAAGGAAGCUUUAAAAAUCUGUGCAACUUUCCGCGGAAAUUAUCUUGAUGUAAAAAUUAAGGCUGAUGAAAUCAAUGUGAAGAAGAUGGAGGAAAUUGCUUCUCUAAACAAAAACAAAAAGUCAGUGGAAGCAUCUCAGAGCGUUAAGAUGUAUGAAGUUCCAACUCCAUGGGUGUAUGGAGGCGACCAAUUCUCUGAUGAUAAGAAGCUGGAAAAUGAUGACUCUGUUUGGAGAGAUUCUCCCUGGCCUCUGCACAAUGCUCCCUGUUUUCAGAAUAUGAACAUGUUUAUGGAACGGUGCAAUGAUGUUCUUGAUGUGGUGGAGACAAUGAAACAUUUUGAGGCUUUAAGUGAUGUAGCUGUGAUAGGGGGUGCAGGAACCCCAAGUUAUGAUGCCAUGGUACAAGAAAUCUGGAGCUCAUAUUGCCAGGCCAAAGAAUCUUUUAUGAAUCAAGUUACAGAUGUUUUAACUGCUGGUAAAAACAGUACUUUUCAGAAAGCAUUUUUUGACUUGAGAACUACAAUAAAGAGCCUGGAACAUCAGCUUGGAAAUAUUCUUAGAAAUAGUCUUGAUCAGUGUCCUACUAUGGCUUCCCAGCUUAAGCUGCUGGAGGUGUUUGAAGGAGUCACCAGAAGAGAUGUUGUUAAGGAUCAUCUAAAGGAUAAAGAUCACUGCUUACUUAAUAUGUUUCUAGAAGAACUCAGACAGGUGAAAGACAUGUACCAAACAAUGGCAAGCAAUCCACCUUUGCAUUUGAAUGUGACUCCCACUAUCAGUAAACUCUUAUGGAUAAAGGGACUUCGAGCAAGAAUCUCUGAUCCGAUGGUGAAGUUGAGGACAGUGUCACCGUUAACUCUUGAAGGGGACAAUGGCUGGGAACUAAGACAUCUCUAUACUGAACUGUCCGAUGAACUGGAAAGAUUUGAGAACAAACUGGUGACUUCUUGGCUGUCUGCUGUGAACAAAGAACUGAAUGACUCGUUAAAACUUCCAUUACUUAAGUCCUCUGCUUCAAGCCAUGAUCCUGUAGAAUAUCUGUACACAAUAGAGGUCAAUCUUAACUCCGAUCUGCUGGUGUACCUACGUGAGGCAGAGUACUUUCUGAAACCUCCAUUCACGUUGAUGCUCCCUGAAUCAAUUGGAUGUCUUAUCAGCCAUAUGAAUAACAACAGGUUUAAAGUGCUUUGUACUCGCUUGGAAAUGGUGGCAUCCAAGUACAAUGAAGUGCUAAAAACUAUUUCUCAUCACCAGAGGGCGCUGUUUGAGAAGAAAUUACUGAAGAUCUCUGAGAUUUUGAAAGAUGGAAUGAACGUUUUCACUUGGAGCAUGGAUGAGAGCAUGGAUUAUACUGAACUUGCAACUUCCUACAUUUGUACAGACCUCUAUAAGAACUUCAGUAUUGUUACAAAUAAUUACAAAUCCAUUAGCGAGAUCACUGCAGCAUGGUGCACAGCAAAUCUUGAUGUUUUUACAUGCCGGGAAUCCCACAGGAGCUAUUCUAUCAGUGAAUUAAUAUCAGAGCAAAAAAAAAUUGAGUCUGAGCUGGAAGCUUUACUCGUUCCUGAUGGACAAAAGAUUCACACCCUUGUUCAGCAGUCCUUUACAGCGUGUUGUAUUAGUGAAGCAUCACCUGCAUGGCAGGAAUUCAUUAUGCACAUUGAUGCCAUCGUUCUGCAAGGUCUAAAGAAAGUUACUAUAUCCAGCCUGGCUGCACUGCUAAAUACAUUGCUGGACUACCAUUAUGUACCUGCUCUUAGCAUUGACGUUGAAUUGAUUAAUGGGGAAGUCGCCUUUAAUCCACCACUUGAUAAAAGCACUUCUGAUACAAGUGUGAUCGAGAAUAUAGAGGAAUGGCUUAAAAUGUUUCUCCUUAGAGGGUCACAUAUAAAGGGUCUUCCAUCUACAGUUAAGGGAGGAUAUCAAGUAUAUGUGUCAGAAGAUGAUGACGCUUUGGAGUUAGUUGGCCACAUACUACAGCAGGUGGACAAUGGUGUUAUUGAGUGUCAGGCAUUUUUAAAGGGUUUAAACAAAUAUUCCUAUUUAUGGAAGAAGGAUGUUCAUGAACAAUUCCAAGAUUUCCUGCAUGGAAAGCAAAUAGUUAAGACAUUACCAGGACAGGAACUUGCUGGGAAUGAGCUACCACUAACAAACAACAAUGGCUCUGCAGAUAGAAAGUCUCACGCUAGUUCAUUGAUAGCCGCAGAAAGAGCAUUUAUUCUGCCUGCAGUUACAGCAGAGAGUGAUGGACCACUGUUAGAAGACUUUGACUCUAAAAUCUCUGCUUACAAGGAUGCCAGAGACAGCAUUCAAAUACUUCCAGAUCAUCAGCAAUGCAGAUGGAUUCUAGUGGAUUUUCGUCCUAUCAAACAGGUUCUUAGUGCUUAUGCCCUCCAGUGGAUGUGGAUCUUUACAAAGUACCUCAUAGACCAGACAACUACUACAUUAAAAAGCUUAGAUUCUUUUUUGAGAAGUACUGAGCCUCAGAUAGAAAGUAUAACAGGGGAAGAACGGGAUACAGGAUCUUUCAUGAAGAUGAUGCGCCUUUUUAAUGAGGUUUCUUCCAAGCAAGUGGAGAUGGAGGUGCAGUUCGCUGUGUUGCAGAAAACAGUGACUCUUUUAGGAAAGCAUCUGAUGUCUCUUCCAGCAGAGAGUGACGUUCUUUAUAGGACAAUGCCUGCACGCUGGAACAGUAUGAAAACCAAGGUGUCACUUGCCAAGCAACGUCUGGGUCCUAGGAUACAGCACGAAGCUGACAUAGUCACCAGGGAUUUAGAACUGUUUCAACGUAAGCUUGAUGUUCUGGGCUCUGAUAUUGAGACUUCUGAGGUAUACAACUAUGAAUGCACAUCGCAGGAAGCCUUUAGAAUCAUUUAUAAUUUCAACGCUCGGGUUCAAAUCUUGCAAAACGAAGCAAAAGACCUAAAAGAACUUCAAGAUCUUCUGGAGGCUACGGUGGUUGAUUUCUCCAUUUUAAACAACUGUGAAGACCUGCUGCAGAAACUCAGCCUUGUGUGGAAACAUGUAGAUUCAAUUCUUCAAGAGCAGGACAUAUGGAAGAAGGAGUUGUGGCAGAAUAUGAACACAGAUGAAAUUUACAAAAGGACAAAAAAUCAUCUAGCUCUUUUGCAGUCUUUUCCUGGAGAGAUCCAAGAAUGGGAUGUUUACAAGAAAGUGUUGGAAGUUGUCAAUAUCAUGCAUAUGACCUUGCCUUUAAUAGAAGACCUCAGUAAUCCUACAAUGAGGACAAGACAUUGGAACCAACUUGUCCGCCAGACUGGGGGCAUGCUUCGAGUUACUGCCGAUAGCCUAAAGGCAAUGACCCUGGGUGAUCUACUUGCUAUGGACUUACAGAAGCACACAGAAGAUGUAAGGACAACUGUACAGAGAGCCAUUCGAGAUGUGACAAUUGAAAGCUCCUUGAAGAACUGUGAAGAAGUCUGGCUAAGUAGAAUAUUUGACCUUAGUCCUCACAGCAGACUCUUAUCACCCAGGAAAAUGGAAAAUGAGGAACUUACCAGUUCAAUUUCUGGUAGUCACUACACCAAAGGAGAAAUAAACCGUAAUACAACAACUGGAAAAGGCAGCCGAAGGCUUAGUAAGCAAUCAGACCGUGGAUUUCACCUUUCCAGAAAGACAGGCAGGGGAAGCACGCUGUCCUUAUAUGAGUCUCUGAAACAUAUAGAGGAGUUUGGUAAAGUUCUGCUCAUAAGAAACGCAGACUCUAUAUUCGAGGAACUGGAACAUCACCAGUUGGUGUUGACAAGCAUACAGCCCUAUGCAGAAGCUGGAUCCUUCCUGGAUGAUGUGACCAAGUGGCAGAAGAAGUUGCAAGUCAUUGAGACAACUGUUCAUCUGUGGCUGUCUGUUCAGGAGAAGUGGACUCAGAUGGAAGAGGUUUUCUCUACCUUAGCAUUCCGGGUAGCCAUGCCAAGAGAAGCCAAUUUGUUUGCUGACGUCCAUCACCAUUUUUGUCGGCUAAUGAAAUCGGUUGAAGAGAAUACAAACAUCUUGCAGAACUGCACACGAAGAGGGUUGCAGUCUCUGCUAGAGAUGCUGAACUAUAAACUUGAACGCUGUCAGCGUGCUGUUCGACUUCACUUGGAACAAAAGCGACAGGUUUUUCCAAGACUCUUUUUGUUAUCCUUGCAAGAUACUCUCAACAUUGUGUGUUAUGGAUAUGAUCUGGAAGUUAUAAGUGGCUAUAUUGUGAAGAUAUUCAGGCAUGUGCAAAGUCUUAUUUAUCAAACAAACUCUCAAGAAGGUUGCCAUCAGAUUGUGGGUGUAAGAAGUUUUUUAGGAGAGGAGCUAUAUCUUACCAAGCCCCUUGAAUGUAGCAGCCCUGUGGAGAACUGGCUUCCACAGCUUGUAAAUAGCAUAAAAGAAUCUCUCCAACAUCAUCUGUGGGCAGCAAUGGAGAACUCAAAUGUAGUUAUAACAAGGAGAAGAGAGAUACACAGUGCAGGGGCCCGGCGGGUGGUGAUGAACAAAACUGUCUCCAAAGAAGAAGCUGCAGAAGAGCAGAGAAAAAUGAGUCUAUCCCCGAAAGAAGAAAGUCUUUCCAUAAAAUCUCAAGGUGAUGAACACCAGGAAUCCAAGCAUUGGCUCCUCAAUACACUGAGUGAUGUUGCAUACCUUUAUACUCAGAUAAAAUUCUGCCAAGAAUUUAAUGGAGACAGUGAACAUAGUAAAGACACUGUCCAGGCCUGCCUUAAGAUUCUGACAGAAGGAAUUGAGCAUGCUGCCAAGAUAUUAAAUGAAAUUCCCCAGAAAGACAUUCCGCUGCAUUCUGAAAGGACCUCAAAGGCAGAGUGGAAAGGAAAUGGGCAAGUUGGGGAUAUGAACUUGGGCAAUGAGCAAGAAGAUGGCCUGGUUUCUUUUAAGCCUUCAUUGUCUACAAAGGAUGUAUUGAACCUCACUAAUCAUAUCCUGCUACUACUAUAUCAGCGUGAUGUUGUAAAAGAAAUACAGUUGGGAGCAACAUGUGUAGGGAAACAAAGCCUGGCACUUUGUUAUGAACAGGAUGAUACCACUAAGGACAUUACUGUAAAGAUUGGGGAUAUUAAACUUCAUUAUGGUUAUGAGUACCAAGGGUCAGCUGAGCAUAUGUUCAUCACACCACUGACUGAACGGAUCUUUCUAAGUGUUAUGGGUGCAGUGUCUGCUGGAAUUGAUGCCAUGUGUAUUGGACCACAGGCCUCUGGGAAAAAGUCUACCAUCCAAGAAUUAUCUCUCGCACUGGGAAAACCUCUGUUCAGCUUUCAUUGCACAAAGAACUCAGAUCACAGCAUUUUGAAAGACAUCUGCAAAGGACUAGCUUCCUCGGGAGCCUGGGUUUGCAUAAAUGGAAUUGAACAGCUACCUAAACCAAGCAUGAUGUUGCUAGCACAGUUUCUAACACAAAUUCAAUCAGCAAGACAUUUUGGGAAAGAAGCAGUGACUUUACAGUUGGAAGAAGUCCCUUUAAGCCCAGCAGGUGCAUGCAUUGCAAUCAUUAAAAGGUCUUCUUGGGCCACUUUGCCUACAAACAACUACUGUAACUCAUAUCUACCUGAUAAGUUUCUGAAUUGUUUUCGAAUAGUCGGAGUUGGUGAAUUUCCUGUCAGGUUCAUUCUUGAGGCAAAACUCCUUCUAAAAGGAUUUUCAAAUGUUGCGGGUUUGGCUCAAAAACUCUGUGCCAUAUUGGAUUCUUUCUCAAAAUUAUAUAAUGCAGAUGUGAUGGGAUUUGAUUCAUCUAUAAAUGGAAAAAAAAUUGGCUUUUCAAUUUCUGAGCUCAACAAUCUCCUUAAUGAGGCCAGUCAUACUCUAAAGUAUCUGUGUAAAUGCCACUCGGAGAACCAAGGUAAAGACUUGCAAAGUAUGCAAGAAAAUGUCAAGCAGACCCUUGAGGAUAGAGCAGUGGUCUCUGCAAUACAGAAUUGCUGGUUAUCAAAAUUAUCGAAUAAUGAAGCAAGUGCUUUAAGGUCAUUUAUGAGUGCAGAGUGGCCCAGGAUCCUGAAUUUCCUGAAUGACUCAUGUAACACUGUUAUGUUUAAUAAUGAACCAGAUGGUCUGAUCCCUGCAGUCAUUGCUGGAAAAUAUGGUCCUGGACAGCAGGUUCCCUCAUCUGAACGUACAGAAGAAACCAGCGUCCCGAGUGCCAUAAUAAAAGCUGCAGAAAAAUGUCAUAUUUUUCCCAGUAACACAUUUGUAUCCAAAGUUUCCCAUCUGGUUCAGCUGGCACCAAAAUACCAAACAGUGGCAGUGACAGGGCCCGCUGGCUGUGGGAAGACUACAUGUAUCAAAAUGUUCAUGGAAACACUCUCCAUGCAAGGCAAGAUUGUUAAGGCAGAUACGGUUUACACCAAAGCUCUUCAGACUGGCCACUUAUUGGGGUUUAUAAAUAAAGUCAAUGGGUGGAAUGAUGGGUUGUUACCGCAGUUGUUAAGAACAUGCUGUAAACCUUGUACAGUAACUGAUACUAAGCAAAUGAGCAUUCUGCACUUGGAUGGAGAGGUAAAUGGUGCGGAAAUGGAGAUUAUGCAGAACUUAUUCUGUGGAGAAGAAUUUUUUAUCUCAGCAAACAAUGAGCAGAUAAGGAUCUCCGACUCAGUUCUUGUUUUCUGGGAGCUUGAAACAUUAGCUAAUGUGAGUCCUUCGGUUUUGUGCUGUGUGGGUAUCCUGGCUAUGACAAGUGAUGAUAUAGAUUGGAAAUUGCCUCUCAAAAUGUGGAUGAAAACCCAUGCGGAAGACCGUCAGUUGCAUCUACUCCAGCUUACUGAGACAUACUUAGAGCCCAGCUUGCAGUUUCUCCGAGAUCACAACAUUUUUCAUAAACUUGAAAAUGGAAGCAGCGGGACACAAAGAGAUGUUUUCCUUUGUGAAGCAAAUGUACUAAAGACAUUCUGUAGGGUCUCUGAGGCUUUGGCACAACAAGUUCCUGAUAUGCUGGUUGAAGAUAUCAAGAAGUAUUUCAUAUUCUCCUGCAUAUGGUCUUUUGGAGGAUGGUUGGACUCGAAUGAAAGAACUUUAUUUAGCAACUGGUGGAGAAGGACAUUCAGGAGCCAUGCAACAUUUCCUGCAGAAGGCGAAGUCUGGGACUAUCAUAUUGACACUGAGACGAGACAUUUUGUCAGAUGGCAUGACAUACUGUCCUCUUACGCCGUUAGUCAUGGGCAAAGUGUGGCCUCUGAGGCGUUCGUUCACACAGUACACAGUGAGCAACUCCUGUACCUUUCAAGCUUGUUGAUUACAUCUGGUUGCCCUGUUCUAUUUGCUGGAGAUGGAGGAUGUGGCAAAUCCGCUAUCAGUCAGGAGCUACUGAAUGGUCUAUGCUUGGGUGAUGUUGCAGAGAUGUCUGAGCUAAGACUUCCCAUCAACAGUUCUACGGAUCCUCGGAGACUAUGGGGAUGUUUAAAAGACCGAUUAGAAUGGCGACAUGGCACAUUGCAUACACCAGCAGGAAACAAGAAAUUGUUAUGUUUGCUUGAUGACCUCAACCUUGCUAAGGUCAAUGAGGAUGGUUAUCAGCCAGCUUGUGAGUUUGUUCGGCAGCUUCUUGACCAAAAAAGAAUAUUUGAUCCCACCACUUUGCAAUGGAAAACCAUAGAAGGCAUAAUAUACCUGGCAACUUGGAACACAGCAAAAGUUGCCAGUUCACCAGAGCAAAGUCGUCUCCUCAGACAUUUCUGUUCCUUUCACUGCAAAUACCCAAGUCAAAGUGAACAGCUUGGGAUAUUCAGCAGCCUACUGAAUGGUCACUUUGUGCCAGGAGUAACAGAACACAAGGUUGACAGUUCAGGCGCUGUGUCUACUGAUCACCUCCAGGAAUUAAUUUUAGCCAUUACAAAAGUUUCAGUAGAGCUACAGGAAAGACUGAGGACUGUGUUCUUGGGGACGUCUCAGCGAUGCCACUACAUAUUUACACUUCGAGACCUUGCAAAAAUAUUCAGAAAUAUCUGCUUGUCUUUGGAUGGAAGGACCACAAAGGAAAAGCUUCUGAGCCUUUGGAGACAUGAAUGUGAUUGGGUAUAUGGCCACAGGAUGUCUACUGCAGUGGAUUAUAGCAGAUAUGUGCAGGAGCUGACCAUAACAGUACAGAAAGUUUUUGUAAUUGAAGAAGAGGUUCGGAUCAUUCUAAGUUCCCAGCAGCCCCUCUUCAGUAACAUCGUGGAGGAUGACGGUGGGCUAAUCACUACUGUAGCUAGACAGCAGGACACAAAUUUAUUGAGGCGAAGCGAGAAGGCCAGCAGCGCCAGUCAUGUCCUAGAUGGGUACCAGCAAACGUUUGAUUUAGUCCAUGUGAAGCAGUUGCUAACAGAGGCGCUGAGAGAAUACAACAAAGUGAAUCCCAGACUGAGCAUCACAUUUUAUCAGUGUGCAAUUAAUCUACUGUGCCGCAUGGCACGUAAUCUUUGGAGUUUCCACGGCAGUGCCCAUACACUACUUUGUGGAGAGGGCUGUCCACGGUAUAGCUAUGCACUUGCCCGGCUUGCAGGACACCUGUCAGGAUUCAAUCUAAUUCAGCUCGGCUCACAUACUAAAAUGGAGGAUGAGGAACAGAGAAGUCAAAUUCUCAAAUCUCAACUUGUAGAUUUGUAUAUAAAAGCUGGAUUAAAGGGCCAGAAGACUCUCCUGCUUCUCACAGAAGAGCAAAUAGACCCUACAGCACUAGUUUACGUAACAGAAUUUGUUGUAUUUGGAUCUGUCUCACAUCUUUUUACACUAGAGCAACAGGCAACAGUAGCCAAUGCCAUGAGAAGCGAGAUAACUAAUGCUGGGCUGACAUACUCCAAAGAAAAUGCUUGGAACCUGUUUUUGCAGUCUGUGCAGCUGAAUAUUCGCUGGCUUCUCAUUCAGAGUGACACAGGCUCUACAUUUUAUAAAUGGUGUACUGAAUUUUCAUCACUUUUUAAUGCACUGAGCGUUUAUUAUGUCCCUAAAUGGUUACGAGAAGACCUAGUAGAACAUGCAAGCUAUCAUAUUCAAGAUUUGAGCAUGUUGUCCAAGCAGGAAAUUGAAAAUGUGUGUCAUCUCUUAUCAUCCAUGCAUCUUUCUGUCACUGAGCAUGCCAGGUCAACCGACAAAAAUUAUGGAAAUCUAACUAAUGCAAACUUUGAGAAAUUUGUUCAGUGUUUCAGAGCCCUUCUACAAGAUCAGUAUGUCUUAAUAAAGAAGGAGCAUAAGAUGGCUGUGGAAACUCUCAGCUGCAUUGACAAAAAACUUAAAACGUAUGAAAAACUGACUGAUGAACUGACACAUGAAAAGAAUGUACUUGAACAACACAAAGAAGUAACAUUGAAAAUAUUACACCAGAUUGCUCAGGACAAGGCUGUGGUGGAACAGAAGAUUCAUGUUGUGUAUCGACAGUUAGAAAAGAUCAAAAAGUUCAAAUUGCUGCUCCCAGAGUAUCAAGUUGCACUAGAGAAAUCUGAAUUCAAAUGCUCUGCUUUAAUAGAAAAUAGUAAGGAACUAGUGCAAAACAUCAAUAUAACAGCUUUAGGAGAAUUGCGUGCAAUGCAGAAGCCAGGCGUAGACCUUGAAGAGCUGAUGGCAUCUAUCAUUAUAAUUUUGAAGUCACCUAAUGCUGAUCUGACAUGGGCAAAGGGAGCUAAGAGGCAGAUGGCCAAUAUAGAUCGCUUCCUGAAUGAACUGUCUACUUUCCACACUUCACAGCUAUCUCAGUCUACAUUGGAGCUCCUUGACACAAACACAAAGAAAAUCCAGUUUACGCCUGAGAACAUGGAGAGGAAGACAGCUGGUAAUGCAGCAGCAGGGAGUCUUAUGAGAUGGCUCCAAGGUGCAGUGCAGUAUUACAGGAUUCUGACUUCUAAGGUAAAACCGUUACAAAGCAAGGUGUCAGAAAUGACUCUUGCCUUAGAAGAAGCAGAACAGAAAAUGACAACUUUACAGCAGAGAAAGAAGUCGCUUCUUUUAAGACUGGCUGACCUGGAGAAAGGCUUUGAAGAAGCAACCAUGCAUAAAAACCAGCAACAACAAAGAACUAUGGAAAUAGCCCAGAAGCUGGAUCGAGCAGCAAAAAUAGCUCAACUUCUUGACGAGGAGAAUAAGAGAUACACUGCUAUUGUAAGCUCCCUUCCAGACAGGCUCAGUGGGAUCCCUGGAAGUACAGCCCUGGCAGCAGGAUUAGUGUCGUACCUUGGUACUUACGAGCACCACUUUCGACAGCUCAUGCUAACAGUGGAAUGGCCCAUGGCUGUAAAAGAGAGAGGUUUUCCGUUAAUGAUAGACUCGAUUGAUCCAGACAAAGGACGUGUGAUUGAGUUCUCAGUUAUAUUCGCCUGUGGAUCUCCAGUGGAUAAUUUGGAAAGCACUUCAAGUGGUGGGCAACAAGAAGAUGAAGGGAAACAUAAUGUCAGUGUGGAGAAUGGUAACAAUCGUACAGACCAAGUCUCUUCAAAUCAAUUGUCAUUGCACAGACAAUGUUCACCCAUUAUUACUGAUGAGCUUUAUAUGGACUUUGUAAAAGCUCUAAUAAUGAGAAUUGUAAAAGCUGAUGACCUUCAAAAAUGGUCCGCAAAAGACUGGACUCCUCAGCAGAUGGAAAAUGCAGCUAUACUUUACUUUUCUUGGCAGCGUCCGUUUAUAUUGAUAGAUCCAUGUUUCAGUGGAGAGAUGUGGGUUCAGGAGAUCCUUAGGACAUCCCUAGCAAAGCCAUUAUCUUCCAUAAAUCUCCAAACACGAAGUCAAGGAAGCAAUGUUUUGGCACCAAUUGAGAAGACAAUUUCUUCUGGUGGCCCAUUGAUUUUAAGCAACUACUGCAGCAAGUGGGAUGACUUAAUGAUGCCUCUCAUUGACCACUGUUACGCAGCUAAUGACAAAAGCAGUCAACAAGGGUCUUCCUCAAUAAUCUCAUUUAAUGGACAUAGACUUCUCUGUUCUGAUGACUUCAAGCUCUACUUAACUGCCUGUGAACUGAAGCCCCAUCUCAACACUACCAUAAAUUCAGGAACAACCAUUAUAAAUUACAACUUAUCUAAAGGAAGUCUGCUUGAAUUGCUUAUUAGAAGAGCAUUUGUAAAACUCCAUCCUAAUCUGUGGAACCAGUUUGUUGAAAUGGGAAACAUUAUCUUGAAACACCAGCAAAGCAUAAAGGAACUGGAAAAGAAAAGUAGAGAAUGUUUACUCUCCUCAGAAUUAAACAGUGGGCAUGAUGACGUCCAUAUUAUUACACUUUUCGAAGAGAAGAAUAAAGUUUCAGAAGAACUUGAAAGGGCUAAAUCAUGUCAUAAUGACCUGCUGAAAAAGAGAGAUGAACUGUACCCCUUGGCACGGAGAGGAGCCCUAUUUUAUUCCAUUUUGCAGUCUCUACAGACUCUUGCUGAUGAAUAUUGCUUUACCUUAGAUUUCUUCCUGAAGCUAUUUGACUCCGCUAUUGAAACAAGUAAAGAUACACAGAUGAAGGGUGGCAUUGUUCAUGAAGAUGCUCCAGUGGCAGCUCCACCUUUGAGUGAUUAUGAAACCGAUGGUCCAGUCUUUGAAACAAUGAAUCACGGUGAAUAUGCAAAAGAGACUGAAGGUGGUGUACCUGCGUUCACUGGUCAACUUCCCUCCAAACUUGCAGACUCACAUGACUCCAUCAUGUCUCCCCAUGACAUAAGUAAAAUAAUGGAUUUAUUAACCAAGACAAUGUACCAAGCCAUAAUUCAGAGUCUUCUCCCUGAGCAUUGUGUCCAGGCAUGUGCCCUUCUUUUUCUCUAUACAGAACACAUAGAGAAUAAUAAAGUCAUAACAGAGGAAGAGCUUGCUUUCUUCUCAAAAGGUAGUCAUGCAUUCAAUAAAACAAUAUGGGAGAGCUUUAGCACCUACACGAAUCCACCCACUUGGCUGCCUACAGAAACAUGGGAGGAAUUAGUGGCAUUAUCUGCCACUUCUGUGCACCUGAAGAAAUUGUCUAAUCAGAUUACAGAGACUCCUUCAGAGUGGGAGAAAUGGUACAGAGCAGAAUGCCCAGAUAUUGAAAUGUCAGGUGAAAGAGAGAACGGUAUUAUUCGUCUUCCUGCAUGUGGUGAUGAGGGAUCUCCGUUGGAUGACUUCCACUACUUACUGGUGAUUCGUGCAGCUUGGCCAGACCGCUUUCCUGAUGCUUUAUGCCGAUAUGUUGAAAGAUUGUCCGGUGACCUAGAAUUUCAUGAUCUCUGCCCAGGCAUUAGUAAUAUAGCUGUAUUGGAGGAAAAUACAUUUGGUGUUUUAGUUCUUGAACCUUCUAACAAAGCCAACAUGCAUUCACCUGGUGGCGCUAUAAUGAGAUGCAAAGCCAAAAAGGCAAUUUGCCGAGCAGCAAAGGAGAAAAGCAUACCAUUGUUCACAGUCGGUAUGAUGAAUGGAAAUGAGGAAGAGGUGAAAACAGCACUAAAUGACACAAUGAAUCACAAUGGCUGGCUCAUUAUAGAAAAUCUUCAUCUGGCAUCAAAAGCCAGGCUGAAGAAUCUCUCCAACAGCCUGAAAUAUGCUGCAAAAAUGCGAGUUUCACAGAAAGAAGAGAGACAGUUCUGUGUGUGGCUUACUUCUGAAUUGGGGGCAUCUAUUCCACAGGACUUCCUAGCACAUCUUAAAAAAGUGUCCUGGCAUUUCCUACUGUUGAACCAGAUGAACAGAAAACCAUUAAUGAGUGAUGUAAUAUUUACUGAUUCCCUGCCACGAGUACUAUAUUCAGCCAUUCUAUCAGCCCUGGAUCAGAUGCAGGGAGAGACAUGUAUUAGAGUGAAGAUGAGUCCUGUCACAAUACAAAGACUUUUCUAUGCAGUUUGCGUUCUGCAUGGAUUUCUCCAAACGCAAAGAACAUAUCCCAAAACUGGUUUGAACCACUUACUAGAAACAAGUCCUAUGCAGCUACAUCAGGCCCUGAAUACAAUCUUGUCUACCUAUGACAAAAUGAAACACUGUGAUAAGAACUUUAUUGAAGCAGUGAUGGAAGAAGUAAACUCUGUAUAUGCUUGUCUUGCUCUGACGACGGACGACGAGGCUUAUAUUCAAGCUGUUGUGUAUAACAUCCUAUCAUGCAUCCUGGAGAAACAAGAAUUUUUUGUCAUCAACUGCCUAAGCAUUCCUAUUCCAUCUGCUGAUGUGGACCCUGCACAGUAUUAUAGCUGGUUAAUAGACCACAUGCCAAGAGAAGAGUCCCUUUUGUCAAAGACUUCAGAGGGAGUUGCUGACACAAAUGCAUCACAUUUUCUGCAGGACCUGUCGGGAUUGUAUGAUGCACUAAGACAUUCGCCAUCAAACAUCCUUGAAGAUGGUCAUUCUGUACAACAGUUGGCUGACUUGCGUGCAGUCAUUGAUACAGUGUUAGAGAAACUUCCUCCAUUGAUACAGAUUGAUGAGUCUCUCAAAGGAGGAGUUUCCAUACAUCAUGGAGCUGCCUGUGAGCAAACAAGUACCUUGGUUCUUUUACAGGAGUGCAAUUGGAUAAAUACAAACCUUAAGCAGAUUAUAAAUGCGGUUUCUGUACUAUCACAUUGUUUACUGGGAGGUGUGACAGCAAUACCAGAAAAUCUUAGAGACACUGCUGAGGUUUUAGCGAAAGGAGAGGUUCCCAAUUUGUGGCUUCCCUCACAUAGCUGCCACAUGACUCAUAACAUUGUCCCCUGGCUGGAAGGUCUGUACAGAAAGCAUGGACAGCUAAAACAGUGGGUGAAGAAAGGACUAAUGCCAUUUGCCAAUGAUGAAAAGGAAGCACUUACCUCCAUAAACCUUGGAGGACUGGUCAACCCAGAAGCCCUGCUUCUGGCACUGAAAGUGGAGUUUGCCCUUCAUCAUGGAUAUUUAUUGCAUGAGGUUGAUCUCCUGUGUCACAUUGUAGAAUCUCCAGAAUGUAAACCUGACACUGAGUUUUAUGCGCUCUGCCUCAAGGGACUUGUUUUACAGGGUGCAGCCUGGGAUUUCAAAAAUAAUCUCCUGAAAGAAUCAAGGAACACAAUACACCCAUUACCAUAUGUCAUAAUAACACCUAUACGUCUUGGGAAUAUAAAACCCAAGGAGGAUGGUACUGGAAUUUAUGACUGUCCCGUGUACAUGGACCACACGAUGCAAAAUUGUGUGAUGAGAAUCCCCAUGCCAUGCAGCCAGCCAGUAAGACAAUGGCAUCUAAGAAGGGUGGCCAUAAUCUUAAAUUCAGACCUUGGCAUCACAGUGUCAGGAAGGUCUGUAUUAGCAAUGAAACAAAUGCCAAGAAGCAAGCCAAUAAUAAACUCGCUGACAAAAGUGGAUAAAUCAUUACACUCCAGAAUUUUCAACAAACCAGACAAGAAUGGGGAUUGUCUGUUAUCACCGGUGCAAGAACAGGAGAAAUUUAAACAAACUGAUAUAUUUUCUACAGAUAGCACUCCAACCUCUGAUGUAAUAGUUGAAAGGAUAGACAAGUCUAAAGAACCUAAGAAAAAUUUAGAAAUUGAUGUUAAUAAUGAGGAAAAAAUUAGUUUGGUUUCUGGUAAAAUAGUAGAAUCCAGUCAUGAAGAUGAGCAGCUCAUCAGAGAAGAUGUAAGUAAUGGACAUCAGAGAAACUCUGUGCCAGGUUCAAAAGAUGACCGCAAGGACCCGAACACAGGGAUGUCAGAAGAAACAGGUUUCAUGGACUCUGAUAUAAAGGCAGGGAUUGAAAAUGAGCUCUUCAUUAAGGAAAAUGUAAUGGUGCAUAGAAAUAAUUAUGAUUACGAGGACUCUGAUAAUGAUGACCAUGGUUAUAACAAUGGUAACUUUCAUGAGUCAGAAAAUAUGGAAUACAGAGGAAACUUUGACAAGAAACAACUAGAUACCUUUCUUGAAAGUUUGGAGAGCAGUAAUGACCAUGGACUCGCUGGAAAUCAAGUGGGAUUCAAUUAUGAAGAGGAUUCAAUAAAAAAUCAUGAAGAAGACCUAGAUUAUAAAAAUAAUAGUAAACAUAUUAAUACUAAUGGUGACACAAGUGAGCAUGAUGAUGAUCAGCAAGAGAUGUCAAAUAUGAAAGAAGUCUGCAAAGGAGAACAUUUGAAGUCCUAAAGUAAAAGAAAAUGUAAUGUAGUUCACAACUAUAAAUCUGAUUAAAAUGCUUCCUGUUGUACAUGUAUUGGACAAGUGCACUAUUUUUUGU